ACCGCGCAUGCUCAGUGGGCCAGGGCGCUGUGCGGAUGGAGGAGCCAGCGCUGGGACCGGGAAUCUCCGAGGUGCGUCUUCUGGGGGCGCGGUCUGGGCUAUGUCGGGGUCGUACUGGGGGCGCGGGGUCCUGGAGGCUGCGCGGGGCUGAGGCGGCCUCGAUUUGGGAACUGCUUGCUGAUGCUAGCCUAAGCCUGGAGUCCAGGCAUGGACUUCCCCACAAUUUCCCGAUCCUCUUCGGGGCUUCCAGCCAUGGACUUGGAGGAGCCUAGGGACAUUCUUGUGCCCUCUGAGGACCUCACCCCUCACAGCCAGUGGGACCCUGUGCCAGGAGGCCCCGGCAGCCUGAGUCGGAUGGAACUUGAUGAGUCAAGCAUUCAGGAGCUGGUGCAGCAGUUUGAAGCUCUGCCGGGUGAUCUGGUAGGCCCAUCCCCAGAUGGAACCCCCUGUCCCCUACACAUUGCCACAGGCCACGGCCUGGCCUCCCAGGAGAUCGCCGAUGCCCACGGGCUGCUGUCUGCUGAAGCUGGCCGGGAUGACCUGCUGAGCCUCUUGCACUGCGAGGAAUGCUCACCUUCCCAGCCUGGUCCUGAAGAGCCUCUAGAGCCUGCCCCCCGACUGUUGCAGCCCCCUGAGGACCCAGAUGAGGAUUCUGACUCCCCAGAAUGGGUGGAGGGGGCCUCUGCUGAGCAGGGGGGCAGCAGGAGCUCAAGCAGUUCCCCGGAACCCUGGCUGGAGACGGUGCCUCUAGUCGCACCUGAAGAGCCACCCGCUGGUGCCCAGAGCCCCGAGACCCUGGCUUCCUACCCUGCCCCCCAGGAGGUGCCCGGUCCCUGUGACCAUGAAGACCUCCUGGAUGGUGUCAUAUUUGGGGCCAGGUACCUGGGUUCCACCCAGCUGGUAUCAGAACGGAACCCGCCCACCAGCACACGCAUGGCUCAGGCCCGGGAGGCCAUGGACCGCGUCAAGGCCGCCGCCUACAGCCAGUUCCUGCGGGAAAGUGGCAUCGACCCCAGCCAGGUGGGCGUGCAGUCGAGCCCGGGCCCCGGGCACCUCCACAACGGGGACCUGGACCACUUCUCCAACAGUGACAACUGCCGGGAGGUGCUCCUCGAGAAGCGGCGAGGGGAGGGCCUGGGCGUGGCCCUGGUGGAGUCGGGCUGGGGCUCCCUGCUGCCCACAGCCGUCAUCGCCAACCUGCUGCACGGGGGGCCCGCUGAGCGCUCAGGAGCCCUCAGCAUCGGGGACCGCCUGACCGCCAUCAAUGGGACCAGCCUGGUGGGGCUGCCUCUGGCCGCGUGCCAGGCCGCCGUCCGCGAGACGAAGACGCAGACGUCGGUGACGCUCAGCAUCGUCCACUGCCCGCCCGUCACCACCGCCAUCAUCCACCGGCCCCACACUCGCGAGCAACUGGGCUUCUGCGUGGAGGACGGCAUCAUCUGCAGCCUUCUCCGCGGCGGCAUCGCCGAGCGCGGGGGCAUCCGCGUGGGCCACCGCAUCAUUGAGAUCAAUGGGCAGAGCGUGGUGGCCACGCCACACGCCCGCAUCAUCGAGCUGCUCACUGAGGCCUACGGCGAGGUACAUAUCAAGACGAUGCCAGCCGCCACAUACCGCCUCCUUACAGGCCAGGAGCAGCCCGUGUACCUGUGACCACCGUGUCCCUCGCCUGCCACUGUGCCUUCGCCUCCAUGGCCCCGGAGCCCCAUCCUGGGCCUGCCUUGGCUGGCCAGGACCCCAGCGGUUCUUGGUCCUGUAUGAUUUCCUGAUAUAAAAACAGUAAAAGCUUAUGCA